AUGCUGCGAGGCAGCCGUCGAUUGCAUGCCCUGAACAAGUCGACAGGGCACCGAUGGAGUCCUAUUCCAAAUCCACCACCUCCGCACGUGGAUCGUCUCUGUGGGACGCAUAGUGUACUUAACGCUCUCCGGGCCUUCUACAACGCCGCCGGCCGCCGACACCCGCACCGGAAGAAGCUGCACUGCCUGUUCGUGCGGGACUUUCGCCUGGCCUUGGGUAACGCUGACGCUGACGCUGACGCCGACGCCGACGCCGACGCCGACUCAAUUCCCAACUGCAGUGCGGAGGAUGAUGGGAAGGAUGGGGCAGAUUGCACAAGCCUCCAGAGGAGGAAGCAAAGUACGAAGACGGAGACGGCAAGGCGAGAGAGCCACGGUGGCGUGUGGGUGCCCCCGCAGUACCCGAACCUGCAGCGCAUCGCGCGCCUUGCGCAUGUUUUGUGUCUCGAGGUGAGAGUGGUGGAGCGCAGGGAAUUGGUGCAGCUGUGCGGGGAGCGGCGGAAUCAGAACGUUGUGCUUGAGCUGGCAAGCUACACACCGUGGGCUGUCGCGGCGUGUCCGUGGCCUAGCGGCGGUCGUAAUGCAGCCAGUCUCAGCAGCAAUGGUCCUGACGGGAAAGAGACAUCUGGGCCUCCGACCGGGGACGACAACGUGCUUUUCCUCGAUCACGUGAUUGACCCUAGCAACGUCGGCGCCAUCAUGCGUUUGGCAUUUUUCCUGGGCGUACGGUGCGUCGUAUUGAGUUGCGACAGCGCGCGGUGCACCGCGGCAGUGGCGCGGGCGAGCGCGGGGUUUAUGGAGCAUAUGACUAUCUACCGCAGCGUGGUGCCCACCACGAACUUCCUCGAGAACACCAUCGCCCAGCACAAGGCUCGCGGCGACCCACGCAGGCUUGAGAUAUAUGCCGCCAUCACAAUGCCACAGCACACAGCCCUGCAGGAUCGACGUUACCCAACAGAGGUAACAGAAAGAGGAGGAGGCCCAAUGCAACGUCGGCUGCUGCUACUGCUGGGCAAUGAAGAUAAGGGCUUGCCUCGUGAGGUGUUACGUCUGUGUUCUCAUGCGGUGCAUAUCCCCUCCCUUCGGCAGCAGCAGUGCGAGCGGGGGGAAGGCGCUGCGCGGAAGGAAGAGGCUGUGCUGCGAGAGGAUGCUGCUUUGUUGCGGCCGCAGGAGGUGUCAUUGAAUGUGAGUACGGCAAGCGCCAUCAUUCUCGCUGCUCUGCUGGCCGGGGAUCGCUCUGUCGCGAUUCACCGGCUUGGGUGA